AUGUUUACACAGUUGUUCCGUAUUUCUUCAAGUGAUCAUCUUAGUUCUGUGAUUCUCAUAUUUUUCUUUUGCUUUUCUUCUUCAAAUUCUCUUGCUCCAAACUCGCCGUCCCUAAUUCUUCAUUCAAUUUUGGAACAUGCGUUUACACCCCCAAAUUCAUCAGCUACUGGCGAUUUUUAUCUUUCACCACUAAAUAAUCUUACAUUUAAACCUAAUCCUCUUGCUACAAUUCCAUUACAUAAUUUGGAGAGCAUCAGGGAUUUCAAAGCCCUCUUGACAGUGUCCUCAUUUAAUAAUUCUGCGUCCGAGUCUUUCAUUAUUGAAGUUCAAAAUCCAGAUAAACCCAAAAAACGGGCUCUUGUGGAGACUGUAAUCUAUUCAUUCGUCGGAGUUACAUUGACCAAUCUUUGUUCUAUCUCUGGAUUUAUUUGCAUUCCUGUUCAACGUUGGAAAUAUUUCAAUUUUCUUCUAAAUUUCAUGAUGGCUCUGGCUGUUAGCGCUUUGUUCUCCACCGCCAUUUUGGUCCUGCUUCCUGAGGCAAUGCGAAUGAUUGAUAUGCCAUUAGAGUUUGGAGGUCAGGGGCGGACGUAUCUCUACAAGCUCGUAUGCAUUCCAGCUGGCGCACUUUUCUUCUAUUUGGUGGAAUAUGGCUUAAUGAUUCUGCCGAGACUCCUGCGGUGGAAGAUUCCAUCUGAAAGCGAAAAUGCUUCAGAAAGUGAAAAUGCGAAUGGGUGGUACGAAAGGAUGAUUUCUGUAACGAAUAAUUCAAACCCCGAAAUAUCAGUUGAAGAAAGUGGAAACGUUGAUCCUGACCUAAGCAUAUGUGUCCCCGACAUGAAAGACACGACAAAAUGCGGCGGACUAGGUCAUUUUUGUCCAUGCUUUACUCCUGAGAAGUUCUCUAAAAUCGCCACUGUCGCUUGGAUGGUUCUCUUCGGAGACGCAUUUCACAAUUUUAUGGAUGGAAUGACAAUCGCAGUAGGGUUCACAGAAAGCCCUCCCAUUGGCAUUGCGCUAUCUCUCAGUGUCCUCUGUGAGGAAUUACCUCAUGAACUGGGAGACUUCGCUGUUCUCAUAUCCUCUGGAUUUUCUAUCAAAUCGGCAAUUCUGGCCAACUUUCUAUCUUCUUGUUCAGCCUAUCUCGGAAUGAUCCUUGGAUUAAUUGUUGGAGAGGUUUCAUCGGGUGCUCUCUAUGUUUUUGCAAUCACGGCAGGGUUCUUCUUGUAUAUCAGUCUUUCAAACAUGGCAAGUUAUGUGCUUACUUUCGCCAUUAACAUCAUCAUGGCACUCUAUUGUCAUGGUAGAACAUUAAAAUAA